CCGUGGUACUGACAGAGAUCUGGGACACCACAGAGAGAGGGAGAGACAGUGAGAGAGAGAGGAGGACAGAUCACAGUUUACAAUUGGAGAGUAAUAGGUUAGAUUCCAAUGUAUUGGAAUCUGGCAAUGAUGGAUUGCAACAAUACAACACUGGAUUUGAUUCUAAGAGUAAACGAUUGUUAUGUUACAACAACAGGUUGGAAUGGUUUGACAAUGCUUCAAACUGUGAGAACAUUCGAUGGGAAUGGUAAAACAUUGGGAAGGGGUUUCAUUGAGAUGUUGAAUUAUCUUUCUGCUACUUUUUAUCGGAAGCCACUAAGAUCCCGCAUUCGAAUGGCCCUUCGGAUGAUGCAAUUCAUUUAUUAUCCGAUUCUCGCAAUUAUUGCAGUGCCUACCAAUGUAGUAACAAUUGUGAUCCUGUCACAGAAAAAGUGUGGUCUCUCCCGAUGUGUCUCUCACUAUCUGGUCGCCAUGGCAAUAACAGAUCUCCUGGUCAUUAUCUUCGAGCUCAUAUUGCGACACAUUCCAUUUGUCUAUUUGGAAGAGCAUCAUUUCUUAGAAGGUAUCCCUGUGUGUAAUAUCCACGCUGUCCUGCUUUAUGCAGCCACUGACUGUUCUGUCUGGUUCACCGUCACUUUCACCUUUGAUCGAUUUGUUGCCAUUUGUUGCCCAAAUCUGAGAAGUAAAUAUUGCAAUGUGAAAACAGCAGCCGUGGUUCUGGCAACAGUGACUGGACUGAGCUGUUUGAAGAAUAUUUUCUGGUAUUUUCUGUUUUCUCAUCGGUAUUACGUCAGGAGCAGACCCUGGUUAUGUUGGGUGAAAAAUGCACUGAAAUUUUCUUCAGUCUGGGGAGCAAUUGAGUUCUGUCAUUACGUACUAACACCAGGAGUUGCCUUUAUUCCCAUUCUGCUUCUCAAUGUUUUAACUGUUAGACACAUUGCAGUGACCAGUAGAUCCCGCAGGAGACUCCAUCAGCAGAGCAACAAGAAAGGCACCAAAGACCAGGAGAUAAAGAGUCGAAAGAAUUCCAUUAUUUUAUUGUUUCUUAUCUCAGGGAAUUUCGUUCUAUUAUGGUCAGUAUCAAUGGUGUAUUCCAUAAAUUGGAGAAUGAAACAUUUGGGAUAUGAGUCUGUAUAUCUGCCUCUUUUUGUAAUGGAAAUGGGCUACAUGCUGCAGAUGCUGAGUUGCUGCACAAACACUGUGAUUUAUGUCAUCACACAUCCUAAGUUCAGAGAGCAUUUGAAGAAUAUCGUGUACUAUCCCUUUACUCCGAUUGUGAAAUGUAUCAAACAUUGAGACUGAAGAAUUACAUCUUCAGCACUGAAUUUUGCACACGUUUCUGUCUAAUCCACAGUCCAGGUGUCCUAUUAAUAGACAUCAUUGAAAGAAGAUGAUAUCUCCAGGACCAUUGAUCUGUGAUUUUUCCUGCCUCAUUUGACAGCCUGUGCACCUGUGCCAGGACAUUGUUUAUCUGCAUCUCAAUCAAAGUGUGGAUGUGUGGCUGUGCAUGUGUAAAGACAUCAGAUAGAUAGAUAGUGGAGCAGGUUCAAUAACAGAAACAUUACUCAAGAAUGAUCACACCUUAAAGAAAUGCUGCCCAGUUUGAGAGUGAUAAACAUGGUACCGACCUCGGUGUUUAAACUAAAUUCAAAGAAAUACAAACCCUUGAAUACUCAGUGAGUUUUGGAGUAAAGCAAAAACAAGAUGUAAAAUUCUAGUAUGGUCGCUCAGAAGCUUUAGACUUUAAAGGAGGCAUUUCACACACUUCAGCGAGAAGGGAAUACCAUUCUUUACUGACUACAAAUGUGAUAGAUCGUAGCAAGGUGAAUGAACCUGGUCAAUGCUGUGUAGCUGACUGUAAUAAGUUUGGAUUUCUUUGAACCAUCAUUGGAUGAUUUUUUUUGAAAGAGAGGGAGAAAGUAGAAUAAAAAUGUAAACCAGCAAGAAGUUCU